AAUAAAAACAACAUAAAAUUGAGAAGAUAAAACAGAGCAAAAAAUGGGACUCCUUACCAAUAGAGUAGAGAGAAGCCAGAUCAAACCAGGUGAUCACAUCUAUACAUAUAGAGCCAUCUUUGCAUACUCCCACCAUGGUAUCUUUGUUGGGGGAUGCAAAGUAGUUCAUUUCACACCGGACCGUCGUAACGACGAAGAAUUCUCUAAUCAAUCGAUUUUGUUAUCGUCAUGCCCAACAUUUCCUGAUUGUGGUUUCAAACAACGAAAAAGCGGCGUAAAGAUAUCUUGUCUAGAUUGUUUCCUAAAAAACGGUUCUCUCCAUGUGUUCAAAUACGGAGUUUCCAAUUCCGUAUUUAUCGCGCAAGUCCGCGGCGGGACUUGCACGACCGCACCCUCCGAUGCACCCCGAUCGGUCAUCCACCGUUCAAUGUACCUUCUACAAAAUGGGUACAGAAAUUAUGAUGUUUUCUCGAAUAAUUGUGAGGAUUUCGCGCUUUAUUGUAAAACCGGUUUGCUUACUUUGGAUCGGAUUGGUGUUGGGAAAAGUGGACAAGCUUCUUCGGUCGUAGGGGCUCUUGUUUCAUCUCCGGUACAAUUUUUUAUGCCUAGUUUUAUCGGUGUGGCUACGGUUACGAUUGGGAUGUAUUGUAUGAGCCGAUAUGCUAAUGAUAUUGGUGUUCGUUCUGAUGUUAUUAAAGUGGCGGUCGAGGAUUUGGCUGUUAAUCUAGGAUGGGUUUCUCAUGAGGAAACAAAUUUCUCUAUUUAAACAUGUUAUAAUAAUGAAACUCCAUAAAUUUGUUUAUAUAUUUUAAAUUUAGAGUUGCUCAUUAUAAACAUUAUUAUCACAAUUAAG